AUGGUUAUAAAGUGCGCCUCUCAUCGAUCAUCGGCGGCAAGCGCCUUGAUGAUGCCCGAAUUCUCUAAUGCCAAUGUCAAUUUGGAAGGUAAAUUCGAGUAUGUGGAUUCAAUUGAAUCAAUGAUCGGUAUGGGAGCGUUUGGAGCCGUUUUCAAAGGGGUUGACCUAAAGACGAAGAAAUCGGUGGCUGUUAAGAGAAUGCUUCGCGUUAAUGUGAAGGAAAAUGAGCUCCAGCAGAUUCGCGAUUUUAAAUGCGAAUAUUUGGUUGGAGUUUUGGACAUUUGUGCGUUUGACGAAAUCACAUGUUGUUUGAUCAUGGAGCUUUGCGAUUGCGAUCUCGAUCAUCACAUGCGAAAUAUUUCAAUUGAGGGCGUCUUAAAUCCUCAUAAUUUCAGACAGCUUCUCGACAAUAUUGCACGUGGCUAUAAGGCGCUUUACGAAAUGAAAAUUGUUCAUCGCGAUAUCAAACCGCAGAAUAUUCUCAUUUCCUAUAUGGACGCUUCGAAGCAAAUUGCGUGCGCCAGAAUUACCGAUUUUGGAAUUGCACGCACACUUGGUGAAGAGGAGACCGAAUUAUGCAAUGUUGCUGGAACAUUCUUCUAUAUGGCGCCGGAAGUUGGCGCGAAUUUACUGAAGACGUGCCAAUAUGAUUCAAAGGUUGAUAUGUGGAGUAUCGGAUGCCUUUUGUUUCAAUGCGUCACCGGGGAGGUUCCAUUUGACGAAUGUAGUCUUUGUAAGCUGUUCCUCUACGUGGCCGGCGACAAUUUUGAAGCCUAUGAUCCACCAGAGCUCCCGCCAGAGACUUCCGUCGAAGUAUCCUCAAUCAUCAAAGAUCUUCUGCAAUUAGAUUCAAAUAAGCGCUGCACACCCGUUCAAUUCCAUGACAGAGCAGUCACCUGGACAAAGCAAAUCUGUUAA